UCUCGAGAACUAUUUUCAGCAUAGGCGGGCGCAGCCAUUUUGUUUGUUCUACAGGGAUAUUAUUGCUGUCAAUCCUGUGUAAUCAACGCUUUUAAAAUGUCAUCCAAUGCCACAGAAUCGUCCACCGAAAGGGAAGAUUAUGUUUAUGAGGCUAAGCUAGCCGAACAAGCCGAAAGAUAUGAUGAGAUGGUGCUCUCCAUGAAGAAGGUGGCCAAGAUGAAUUGUGAGCUGACAGUUGAAGAACGGAACCUUCUGUCAGUUGCCUACAAAAACGUCAUUGGAGCUCGACGAGCAUCAUGGAGGAUAAUCAGCAGCAUGGAGCAAAAGGAGAAUCCUGAUGGACAAAAGUCUGAAGACAAGAAAGUAUUAAUUACUGAAUAUAGGUCUGGGAUUGAGAAGGAGUUGAAAGACAUUUGUAAUGAAGUACUUCAUGUAUUGGAGAGUUUCCUGAUACCAUCAGCAAGUUCAGGAGAGUCAAAAGUUUUCUACUAUAAAAUGAAGGGUGACUAUUAUAGGUACUUAGCAGAAUUUGCCACAGGAAACGACAGGAAAGAAGCUGCUGAGAACAGUUUGGUGGCAUACAAAGCUGCAAGUGAUAUUGCCAUGACGGAGCUGGCACCAACACAUCCCAUACGACUUGGUCUGGCCCUUAACUUCUCAGUAUUUUACUAUGAGAUCCUCAACUCACCUGAUCGAGCAUGUAGACUUGCAAAGGCUGCAUUUGAUGAUGCCAUUGCAGAGCUGGAUACUUUGUCAGAAGAGAGCUAUAAAGAUUCAACAUUGAUAAUGCAGUUACUGAGGGACAACCUUACUCUGUGGACAUCGGAUAUGCAGACUGAAGGUGAAGAAUCGCAGAAAGAUCAGCUCCAGGAUGUGGAGGGAGAGGAUGGAUCGUAAAGGCUGGUUGUACUUAGCACUCUGAAAUUGACAUUAUUUGUAAUUUUCCUAUCGAAAUGCUAAAUGUUAUGACCUGGCCCUUGAAAUACAGUCUGCAGCAUCCUCUUGUCACAGCCAUUGGCCAUGGCAAGCUGUUCUUGAGACUUCAUCUACAUUCAAGACAAACUACUUCACCCAGUUGACAGCCGUAGUCAUUGUGUGCACAGUUGCACAUAAUUUAUUUGUCUAGUUGCAUGUAACAUCAACUUUGAUAAGUUGUAUAUUCCAUCAUCAGUAAGGUACUCAGCAUUUCAGCUAACUCAGAAAUGUAGAUAGAAACUCUCAUGUGAUAUGACAUAGCUUAUGCUAAUCUGUUACCACCAUUACCUUUAUUUAUCAGUACUGGACCUUAUACCAAACAUCAGUAAUUGACAGGGUCCUGUGAUAUGUCAAUGAUCCUGUCGCCUUUUCGAAAACUUAAAUGUGGAAAACAAACAAAAACCAAAUUUCUUAUUGACAGUGUGCCCACACUUUGUCUCCAAAGAGUUGUUCGGUAUUAUUUUUGUAAAGGUAUAUUAUCAGGUGAUGGAUACUACCUAAGCUUUAAAGUUGAACCCUUGCCAUUUCUCUCCUGCGUAAUAGGUGUCAUGGCCACUGAAGGUGACAAGGGGGGUGGAACAUUCUACCCAAUAAACAUGUCUGCCUAAAUCUGUGUUAAGUAUCAUGGAUUUAUUUGACUGAGUGUGGACUGACUCUUUGCCAGUGUGACAUCCUGGACUUUCUCUGUGGACCAAGGUAUGAGUCUUUCAUUGGGAGUCGAUAGAGUCAACUUACUCAAGUGUGGAAUACUGCGAUCAACCUGACCUUACAAUUCCAGUGUUCUUGGAUCUGAUGGAAGAUUUCCUAUUGAAUGUGAUUUUAGCCAAAACAAAAAAAAACAUAAACGGUAGAGCUGCAGAACUAUUGUCAUCUUUCUGAUGGAGCACCACUUUUCAGUGAUAUAACAAGUUUUAAUGCUGUUGUACAAUGUGAGGAUUUUCAGACAUAAUUGUGUAAUCAUGUUUUGUCUGUAAUGUCCAACAAUAUGAUGUAAGUAUGGUACAGGUUGGAUCCAAUCUGUCAAGAUUGUUUUGUAGUCAUCAACUUGUGUAGUAAAUGUUUGUUUUUCCUUUUUUUUAUAAUGUUAAGUUAUGAUUGAAGCAGUUAUUUUGCACUCUUUAAUGUAACUAGCAGUGUGAGCAUCAAACUGUGUCUUUUUUUUUUUUUUUACUUAGAACGAAAAUGAUUCCUUUUUCUCGACUUAGCUUUUGCCUUCUGGCCGCCACGGCCGAUGUGUCUGUAUCUUUGUCCCCUUCUGUAUGUUACUGAACACAACCACAGUUCAACUUUAUAUAUGACUUAGGUAGCCGCCGCCUGUUGCUGCCGCAGCCAGCCCGUCUUGUGUUGUGAUCACAGUUAGUUCUUGCUGUCACAAUGAUAUCCAUGUCUAGUGGGCAAGAAAUAUUCUAGGAAAAAUGUAACAACUUUAUAAACUGAUGUCAUGCUUUUAUCAUUAAUUAAAGUAUAUUCAAGUGUA